CUUUCCUCCUUAGUGUCAAAGUUGGACGCCUGAAAUUCCAAGCUAAAAAGAAUAUUGGGAAUACAUGUCUUAGUUUAGGAAUGUUUUAAUUUUCAAAUGAUUGAAGAUUUUUCAAAUUACCUUAUUAUCUGUGAGUAUCCAUUUUAAAAUCCUCAUUAGACUUCAACAAUUACCGAGAAUCUGAAUUUUACUCAAUAAUGUUUUCCUAAUUGGAUUCCUUACAAGAAAUGUCCGACUUGAAAAGUAUUUUUGCCAGAAUGAAUUCUCACAAUGAAGAAAAUGGUGGUGAUGGCGACAAAGUGGAAGAAGUUGCCCGGCCCGCACCGAAACCGAAAAAGGCCCAGACUAUUGAAAAGAUGUACCAGAAAAAAUCACAAUUGGAACAUAUUCUGCUGCGUCCAGACACUUAUAUAGGAUCUGUUGAAAAAACUACGGAUAUAAUGUGGAUUUACAAUGAAGAAAACAAGAAAAUGGAGCAGAAACAGAUUGAAUAUGUCCCUGGUUUGUACAAAAUUUUUGACGAAAUAUUGGUGAAUGCGGCCGACAAUAAACAGAGGGACCCAAAAAUGGAUUGCAUAAAAAUUGAUAUUAAUGCUGCCACAAAUACCAUAUCCGUAUACAACAAUGGGCACGGUAUACCUGUAGUGAUGCACAAAGAAGAAAAUAUGUUUGUACCAACAAUGAUAUUCGGACACCUCCUGACAUCCUCAAAUUAUAACGAUGAGGAGGAAAAGGUCACCGGAGGUAGAAACGGUUACGGUGCAAAAUUGUGCAAUAUUUUCAGCACAAAAUUCACAGUAGAAACUGCGUCUAAGGAAUUCAAGAAGCACUUCAAACAGACUUGGGGUAGCAAUAUGACGAAAGCAUCCGAACCCAAAGUUAAAGAUUUUACAGGUGAAGAAUUCACGAAAAUUACAUUCUCCCCAGAUUUAGAGAAAUUCAAAAUGACGGAAUUAGAUGAUGGCAUUGUCGGAUUAAUGUCGAGAAGAGCUUUUGACGUUGCAGCGUCUACUAAGGGAGUCAAAGUGUAUUUGAAUGGAUCCAGAGUGCCAGUGAAAAAUUUCAAAGAUUACAUUGACCACUUCCUCAAAGAUAAAGAAGAUGAUGCAGGUAAUCCAUUGAAAGUAGUUUACGAGCAAGCUGGAGAAAGAUGGGAGGUUGGUUUAACCACAUCAGAUAAAGGCUUCCAACAAAUGUCAUUUGUUAAUAGUAUAGCUACGACGAAAGGAGGCAAGCAUGUAGACUAUGUUUCAGAUAUGAUAACCAAGCAAUUGAUAGAAGUAUUAAAGAAAAAGAAUAAAGGUGGAGUGACAAUAAAGCCAUUCCAAGUCAAGAAUCAUAUGUGGGUAUUCGUGAAUUGUCUCAUCGUUAAUCCUACAUUUGAUUCACAAACUAAAGAGAACAUGACCCUUCAAAGUAAAAAUUUUGGAUCAAAAUGUACUCUAUCAGAAAAAUUUACCAAUCAAGUUAUCAAAUCUGGAAUAAUUGAGCAGGUACUGAGUUGGGCCAAAUUCAAAGCACAAAAUGAAUUGCAGAAAAAAACUGCAGGUAAAAAACAAUCUAAACUUAAAGGUAUUCCAAAGUUGGAAGAUGCCAACGAAGCAGGAACAAAGAAUGCCCUUCAAUGCACACUGAUUUUGACUGAGGGAGACUCAGCCAAAUCUCUGGCUGUGUCUGGGUUAGGAGUAAUCGGGAGGGAUUACUAUGGUGUGUUUCCUUUAAGGGGUAAACUACUGAACGUGAGGGAAGCAACACAUAAGCAAAUCUUGGAAAAUGCUGAGAUUAAUAAUCUAAUCAGGAUAUUAGGUCUCCAAUACAAAAAGAAAUACACAAAUGUAGAUGAUAUGAAGACCUUAAGAUAUGGAAAGGUUAUGAUCAUGACGGAUCAAGAUCAAGAUGGUUCCCACAUCAAAGGACUAUUGAUUAAUUUCAUUCAUCACAACUGGCCGGACUUGUUGAAGAUGAACUUUUUAGAAGAGUUCAUCACACCCAUCGUCAAAGCUACGAAGAAAAAUGAGGAGCACAGUUUUUACUCAUUGCCCGAAUUCGAAGAAUGGAGGACAAACACCCCGAAUAAUCACACCUAUAAUAUAAAAUACUACAAAGGUUUGGGUACCUCCACGUCGAAGGAGGCCAAAGAAUAUUUCACAAACAUGGCCAAGCAUCGUAUAAAAUUCAGAUACGACGGUCAGACCGACGACGACCACAUUAUGUUGGCCUUCAGCAAAAAGCACGUCGAUCACAGGAAAGAAUGGCUGACGAACUUCAUGGUGGAGAGCAGAAGGCGGAAAGAACUGGGUCUAGCGGAGAAAUAUCUGUAUCAAAAAGAUACGAAGUACAUCACAUACACCGAUUUCAUCAAUUUGGAGUUGGUGUUGUUCUCCAACGCAGACAAUAUAAGAUCCAUACCGUCCAUGGUGGACGGUUUGAAACCGGGUCAGAGGAAGGUGGUGUAUACCUGUAUAAAGCGUAACGAUAAGAGGGAAGUGAAAGUUGCUCAACUUGCCGGUUCGGUAGCCGAAAUGUCGGCUUAUCAUCACGGUGAAGUUUCCCUGUGUAUGACCAUAGUGAACUUGGCGCAAAAUUUCGUUGGGAGCAAUAACAUCAAUUUGCUGGAGCCAAGGGGUCAGUUUGGUACGCGCUUAGCUGGCGGUAAAGAUUCGGCCAGUCCCAGGUAUAUUUUCACAAAAAUGUCUCCUCUGACGAGAUUGCUCUUCCACCCUGAUGAUGACGCUAUCCUCAAACACGAAUUCGAUGACAACCAGAAGAUCGAGCCAGUUUGGUAUAUACCCAUUAUUCCAAUGGUUUUGGUAAACGGAGCAGAUGGUAUAGGAACCGGUUGGAUGACAAAAAUACCCAAUUUCAAUCCGAAAGAUAUUAUUGAUAACUUGAAGAGAAUGAUAGCAGGGGAACAACCAAAACCUCUUUGUCCUUGGUACAAGAAUUUUAAGGGAACCAUCGAAGACUGCGGAGAUCAAAGAUAUGUGGUUAAUGGUGAAAUAUCCAUUUUAGGAAAUAACAAAUUGGAGAUUACGGAAUUGCCCGUACAUACUUGGACACAGAAUUACAAAGAAUCAGUGUUGGAAACUUUACUUCAUGGAUCGGAGAAAGUCAAAUCAAUGAUCACAGAUUACAAAGAAUACAAUACAGACACAACAAUUAAAUUUGUUAUUACUGUCACACACGAGCAAAUGGAAAGUUUGGAAAAAGAAGGUCUGCAUAAGGUGUUCAAAUUGCAGAGUAUGAUCAAUAUGAGCUCAAUGUGUGCCUUUGAUGAGUUAGGAUGCCUGAAAAAGUAUGAAUCCGUGAUGACAAUUCUGGAAGAAUUUUACCAAAUUCGUCUAAAAAUGUACCAAAAAAGGAAGGACCACCUGGAGGGUAUGCUGGGCGCGGAGGUUGCCAAAUUGAGCAAUCAGGCUCGUUUCAUAUUAGAAAAAUGUAAUGGCGAACUGACCAUCGAGAACAAAAAACGAAAGGCCAUGAUAGACGAACUCAUUAGUAAAGGUUACGAACCGGAUCCUGUUAAGGAAUGGAAGCAAAAAAGUGCUGCUGGAGAUGAUGAGCAGGAAGAUGAAACGGAAGAUGCCGAGGAGAGCACAAGCAAAAGUAAAAAGCCAGUCGAUCCAGAAAAAGCCUUCCAAAAACUCACAGAAGUUAAAAAGUUCGACUAUUUGCUUGGUAUGUCCAUGUGGAUGUUAACUGAGGAAAGAAAGAAUGAGUUGUUACGACAACGUGAUAACAAGGUCCAUGAGUUGAAGGUGUUAAAAGCCAAGUCAAAUGCAGAUCUAUGGACAGACGAUCUAAACGAGUUUCUAGAUAAAUUAGAAGAAGUGGAGGAGAAGGAAAGGAAGGAUGAAGCUGGUACCAUAUCUAAAGAUGCAAAGAAGGCAGUGGGCAAGAAAAAAUUGAAUCUCCAAGAAACUAUGCCAUCUCCAAUGGGCAAACGAGUUGAACCAAUAAUAAGUGACGAUUUGAAAAAGAAGAUACAGGCUGCUAUCAAAUCCAAGGAGAACAGAAUUAAGAAAGGCACCAAGAAAGAAAACAUAAGUACCGAAGAAGAUGAAUUUGACCUGAUGAUCCAGAAAUCCGGCAAAAAUCUAAAACAAAAACUUGGUACUCCUGAAGGCAUCGAGAACAAAGUGAAGAAAGGCACACUGAAACAGACCAAGUUGAAUUUCAGUAAAAAAACAGCUGAUAAUGGCACAAGGAAAAAGAAAAGGCGAGAUGAUUCUGCAUCCUCAGAUGAAGAACGUUCUGGAAGUGAAUUUUCUGGGAGGGACUCUCCAAUAGUAGAAAAAAGGGAGAAGAGUCAGAGGAUUUCUCCGAAAAAAAUAAAAUAUGACCUUGAUUCAGAGGAAAGUAAUGAUGAUGUUUUGGAAUUGCAUGAAAAUGAAGCCAUUAAAGAAACUCAUGCUCCAGUAAUUUCAAGCAUAUUAAACUCUGAUAGUGAAAGUGAUGCACCUCCACCACCUCGAAAUGAAACCUCUGAAGAUAUGUUCGAUAGCUUGAUAGGAAAAAAACCUACAAAUGAUAGUAAGAAAGAAGGCAAUGAUGUUGAUGCGGAAAAAAAUACAUCUAAGAGAAAAUCAAUAAGUGGUAGUGAAAGUGAUUCGGAGGACCGAUCCAAAAAUAAGAAUAAAAAAUUGAAAACAAAUCCGAAGAAAGCCACAAAGAAGAUUAUGGUUUUGGAUUCAGACUCUGAUUCUGAUCACAGUUUCAAGGAUGCACCUAAGAAGACAAUUUCGAAAAAAAAGAUUGGUUCUGAUUCGGAUAGUGAUUUUGGUGAAAAAUUAAGCAAAGUGAAAGCUCAAAAGAAAAAUACUACAAAAAAGGUAGAGAAAGACUCUAAUUCAGUUGAGAAAUCAUUAGGCAAUAAAAAAACUAAAAAAGCACCCGCAAAGGGAAAAAGCAAAGCUACGAAAGCAAAGAUAACAUCAGAUUCAGAGGACGACAUUGGCACUAAAAAGAAAACAAAGAAAUUGACAUACAAUGAUGAUGACAGUGAUAGUGAAGAGUAUAUUCCUUUAAAAACAAGUCGAACUGCUAGAGCAGCAGCUCAGAAAAAAUAUGAAUUUUCUGAUGAUGAAUGAUUAGGUUUUUAUUCUAAUUAUAAGUUUUCUAUUUUGUGAUGUGUUUUAUUGUUAUUCAGAAAAAAAUGUUGUAUUACCUUUGAAACGAAAAUUUUAUAGAUUUUCACACCUUAAUUUAUAUUUCACACAAACUGAAGUAUUUAAAAAAAAAUGUAUAAACCCAGAAUUUAUUUUGAUGAUAAAGUAAAGAAUGAAGUAAUGUGAUUAAAAUCUUGAAAAAAAUUAA